AUGCCAGAGGACUCUCUGCUGCUGGUGGCUGCCACGCUGGGCCUGGUGCUGCUGACGCCGCUGUUCUUUCCAAGGCUUCAGGGCUGGCUCCUCCUCUUAUGGAACGAGAGGAUCCGGCAGCCCAUCUUCAACCUGCUCAUGGGCGACAACAAGGAGAAGCGUAUCCUGCGCCACACGCUGCAGCACGCGGUGGCUGGGGACCCGCAGAGUGUGAUAGAUGCCAUUGACUCUUAUUGCUCCCAGAAGGAGUGGGCCAUGAAUGUGGGCGACAGGAAAGGUGAGAUCUUGGAUGCAGUGGUGCGGGAGCAGAAGCCCUCCGUGCUGCUGGAGCUGGGGGCUUACUGUGGCUACUCGGCUGUGCGCAUGGCCCGCCUGCUGCCCCCUGCUGCCCGUCUGCUCACCAUCGAGUUCAACCCUGAGUACGCCGCCAUCACCCAGCAGAUGUUGGACUUCGCCGGCCUACAGGACAGGGUGACUGUGAUCUUGGGGGCAUCCCAGGAUGUCAUCCCACAGCUGAAGAAGAAGCAUGGCGUGGAUACACUGGACAUGGUUUUCCUUGACCACUGGAAGGACCGGUACUUGCCUGACCUGCUACUCCUAGAGGAGUGUGGUCUGUUACGGGAGGGAACCGUGUUGCUGGCCGACAACGUCAUCUUCCCAGGAGCCCCGGAGUUCCUGGCCUACGUGCGUGGGAACAGCCGCUUCCAGUGUACCCACUUUGCAUCGUUCCUGGAGUACUCAAAGGUGGUGGACGGCCUGGAGAAGGUUGUCUACAAGGGCCCGGACAGCCCAAAGAGGUCUUGAUCACCCACUUGUGGGUCUGUUCCCACGCCCUGUCAGAGGGUGUGUGGGUGGCAUCUUCCCCAGCAGUCCCAUGGGCACAGCAUACCUGAGGCCUGUGGCUGCUGCUCAUUGUCCACUCUCAAUCCUCUACACUCUACUGCCCAGCCCAAACACCACCACUUCCCAGGCAGCAUCACUGCAGAUAGGAUCUGCAACCAGCAAUCAAUCAGGUGGUGCCUGGGACCUUGGCACCCACCAAAUAGCGCCACCCAGGAGUCUCACUAGAGGCCCAGCCUCAGGCAUUUACAUGCAGUGGAGAUGCAAGGAGGAGGGCUGGAAACUGGGGUGUACUGCCUUGUCCCGGAGGUUUGCUCAGUGCUUAACCAGCUCACAAUACUGCUGACUUCUCUCACCUUUUAAAGUUACAGAAUGUACUUUCUUUAUUCAUAUUCUAACUUCAUUUACUAAUAUGCAAAAUAAAACAAGUUAAAGAUAUAA